GUGACCUGUGGAAUGUUAACAAUGCAGCGAGUGUCCAACUUUUUUUUUUUUUCUUUUGACUUUCAGCCUGUUGAAGAAAAUGGAGGCUGCUACCAUCACUUCUUGUCCUUCUUCCCCCUUUUGUCACGUCUGAGACCGAUCAAGAACUCCCAAAACCCGUCGAGGACUUCUAAAUAAGCAGAUUUAAUCGCUCCUUUUCCAUCACAUGGAGCAAAUUGGCAGCGGCAUGAUUUGGCUCAGCUGCACCCUUGCGAGCGUUAGCCAUUCCUGGAAUAAGAUGGAACCCGAGCCUUGAAAGCCACACCAUGGUGCGCCUGUAGAACCCCCGCCGCUACCUCGAGUCCUCAGACAAACAAACAAGGGAGACCAAUCUCGGAUCUACGACAGGAGAGCCUUUAUUAUCUCUUUAGGUCAGCCACCAAGGCCGGGAAGACUGACCCGCUGCCAUGAGGCCCAAGACGUUCCCGGCAGCGCCCUACAUGGGCAACACACGCCAGAGGCUCCAGGAGAUCAAGGAGGGCCUGAAGCAGCCGGCCAAGCUGGUGAGCCAGGCCCUGCACGGGGGCAGCCAGCGGGCCGAGGGCGCCGGCCGCCCCGCCGACUGCAAGGGUGGCAAGGACGCGUCCGGUCGGCAGCAGCCCGUGCGGCCGCAGCAGAAGUUCAACAAUUACCAGAGCGCCUUGCGCGAGAUCCGCAAGUCGCUCAUGCCCUUCGCCAAUGAAUCGGGCCCCGGGUCUGGCCACCCCGCCGGCGAGGUCAACCGGCAGAUGCUGCACGAGCUCGUCAACGCCGGUUGUGACCAGGAAAUGGCCGUCCGGGCACUGAAGCAAACGGGAAGCAGGAACAUCGAAGCGGCUCUGGAGUACAUUAGUAAGAUGGGCUACCUGGACCCUCGCAACGAGCUCAUUGUGCGCGUCAUCAAGCAGACUUCACCAGGAAAAGUUGGCAUGCCUCCCUCAAUGGACCACCGCCCGCAACUGGAAGCCUCGGGCGAGGGGGCGGGUGCCAUGCCCCCAUACCACCCCAUGUACGAGGGUGUGGCCGGGUACGGUCCGGAAGGCGAGAUGCCCAGACCCUACAUGAGCGCUCCCCCAGUCAUGAACUACAUGAUGCCGCCCACUGGAGCAGCACAGGGUCCCCCCAUGGGGAACCCAAUGGGUCGACCGCCCAGCAUGGGUAACUAUCCGCCAGUGAUGGCCCCUCAGUCUAACCCGGCUAACACCAUGUACGCCCCGGGAGCCCAGCAGAAAGGCUAUCCCGCUAAUAUGGAGCAGCACGGGCCCAUGAUGACCUACAAUGUCCCUGGUCAACCGCUGCCUCCCGGGGCCCCGGUGCCAGGCCCCCACUAUGACUAUGGCCACCCCAGACCUCACUUGAUGGAGCCCGCAGGCUAUGGAGUCAAGAGAACUGCCUCCUUUCAAAACAAGAUGGCACCACCCCCUAUGGCGCCCCCAGACAAUUUCGUCAACAUGCAAACUAAAGGGCCCCUGGGCCAGAACGUGCCAGGAGGAGGUGCGGGGGGCUACCCUGCCAAUCUGUACCUGGCCUCCCACACCCACCCACGUCAGGCGAGCCCCACCUCCCAUCAGGUCCACAUGAUGUCCCGUUCCCCGGGCGGGGUGCCAGCUCUGGGCCCGGACUUUUCCGAUCUGCCCCAGAGCUUGAUGACGCCUUCCAGGGCGAGCCUCAACAUGGACUUGUACGAGCACCACUGGGCGGGGCCGCCGGGUCCCGAAGGGGCCCCCCAAGCCAGACAGCCCCAACCUCAAGGGCCAUUCAGGGGUGAGGUCCGUGUGCCCAGCAGGGCCAAUUCCUUCAACAGCCGCUCGGCCGCCUCCAACGGCGUUCGGCCGCCCAUGAGCGCGCCCCCGGAUCCCUCCUUGGGUCCUCCCAACACCAUCACAGCCGUCACAUCUCCACCCAUCCAGCAACCAGUCAAGAGCAUUCGGGUGAUGAGACCGGAACCCAAGACGGCAGUGGGACCUUGCCAUCCCAGCUGGAUGGCGGCCCAAGCCCAGGAGAUGACAGAACCGCUGGCUUACAUGCCCGAGGAGACCUACACCCUGGAGCACCCCCAGGAACCCCGCUGCCCACCGCCACCUUACCCCAAGAAUCUCAUCAUGUCACCGGGCGAGACCGUGGCCCUGGAGGUGGCGGGAGCCAUGGGUGGGGCUCAGGAUCACAGUAGCCCCGCUUCGAGAAGCACACACAGCGGCAGCGGCGGUAGCGGAACCACGGACGACGGAUCGCAGCAUAUUAAGGAGAAGACAAAAGGCGGCAAGGCUGAGAAAACGGUCAAAGACAAGAAGCAGAUCCAGACGUCGCCCGUGCCGGUGAGGAAAAACGGCCGUGAUGAGGAGAAGCGCGAGUCCCGGAUCAAGGCCUACUCACCCUUCGCCUUCAAGUUCUACAUGGAGCAGCACAUCGAGAACGUCAUGAAGACGUACCAGCAGAAGCUCAACCGUAGGCUGCAGCUGGAACAGGAAAUGUCCAAGGCCGGCCUGUCCGAGGCGGAGCAGGGGCAGAUGAGGAAAAUGCUCAACCAGAAGGAAUCCAACUACAACCGGCUGCGGCGCGCCAAGAUGGACAAGUCCAUGUUCGUCAAAAUCAAGACGCUGGGCAUCGGCGCUUUUGGUGAGGUGUGCCUGACGCGCAAAGUGGACACGUGCGCCUUGUACGCCAUGAAGACUCUGCGCAAGAAAGACGUCCUCAACAGGAACCAGGUGGCCCACGUGAAGGCCGAGCGCGACAUCCUGGCCGAGGCGGACAACGAGUGGGUGGUGCGCCUCUACUACUCCUUCCAAGACCGUGACAGCCUGUACUUUGUCAUGGACUACAUCCCCGGCGGCGACAUGAUGAGCCUGCUGAUCCGCAUGGGCGUCUUCCCCGAGCCGCUGGCGUGCUUCUACGUGGCCGAGCUGACGCUGGCCAUCGAGAGCGUCCACAAGAUGGGCUUCAUCCACCGCGACAUCAAGCCCGACAAUAUCCUCAUCGACCUAGACGGGCAUAUCAAGCUGACGGACUUUGGCUUGUGCACUGGCUUCCGCUGGACCCACAACUCCAAGUACUACCAGAAAGGGAGCCAUGCGAGACAGGACAGCAUGGAGCCCAGCGACUUCUGGGACGAUGUGUCCAACUGCCGCUGCGGCGACCGGCUGAUGACGCUGGAGCAGCGGGCCAAUCGGCAACACCAGCGCUGCCUGGCUCACUCUCUGGUGGGCACGCCCAACUACAUCGCCCCUGAAGUGCUGCUGCGCAAAGGUUACACCCAACUGUGUGACUGGUGGAGCGUCGGCGUGAUCUUGUUUGAGAUGUUGGUGGGGCAGCCGCCCUUCCUGGCACCCACUCCCACAGAGACUCAAAUUAAGGUCAUCAACUGGGAGAGUACGCUACAGGUGCCCGCCCAAGUCAAGCUGAGUCCCGAAGCCGUGGACAUCAUCGGGCGCCUCUGCUGUUCGGCCCAGGACCGCCUGGGCGCCAAUGGCGCUGGAGAGAUCAAGACGCACCCCUUCUUCAGCAAGGUGGACUUCUCCAGCAACCUCCGCCAACAGCCUGCCCCCUACAGACCCAAGAUCACGCACCCCAUGGACACGUCCAACUUUGACCCGGUGGAGGAGGAGGGCGGCCCCGGGGCCUGGAACGACAGCGGGGACAGCACCCGGGCCUUGGACGCCCUGUGCUCGCCACACGGCAAGCACCCAGAGCACGCCUUCUACGAGUUCACCUUCCGCAGGUUCUUCGACGACAACGGCUGCCCCUUUCGCUACCCCAAGCCUUUGGAGGCCGCAGAGGGGCCGCCCGGCCCCGAGGAAGAGGACGAGGACGAAGACGACGAGGAAGAAGGGGAAGGAUGUGAGCCGGUCUACGUUUAGAUCACCCGUCACCGAUGGACUACCCUGGGACUGACGCCCUCCUCGCAAGGGACCAAGAAAGUUCUGCCGCUUGACGAAUGUCCGGUAAGAAUGUUGGGAGUCCCUUUCUUCCAUUCCUUCCUUUUGUCUUACAUGACUGAAUCACUCCAAAGUGUCUUUUACAAAGUGUUUUUUGUAACACUGAAAUAUCACAAGUGAAGAGGGAGUGGGCUAAGUUCAACAGGAAGGUUGUGCGCGAAAGCUGGACUGAACCAAAGUGACUCAAAAAGGGGCCGACUCAGUUUUUUGACUUUGAAAUCUCACUUUACUUUAUGGUCGUUUUAUCCAUUUGUGCCUGCAUUGAAAUUUCACAGGAAGAGUCCCAAGUUUUUCUUCAAAUACACGGAAAAUCGUGAAACAUACAACGUUGACAUUUUCAGGCCUCUUGAAAAUUCCCCGCAGGAAAAAAAUGCAGCCAAACACAUGCGUAUGACUUAAGUGCAAUACAACGUGUGUCCCUUAAACACUUAAUAUUCAUUUGAAAGUAUUACAAAGUGCCAUGUACAAACAUAUCGCUUUAUCUACAAUGUAUACACUUGCAGUAUAUACGUUAUACUGUAUGUGUGUGUGUGUGUUUCACUUACAACAUGCUGCUUAUUCGUAUUAUUUACCUGUUUUAAUCAUUACCUGUUUUAUGACGGAUUAAAAGUGAUGAUGAUGAAUGUGGAACGUCGAUGGCCAGGCCUUCCCCGUCCUACGUCGGGGCGGGUCCCUGAACGCAGCACGGCCAAGCUCUCGGAGAGGUGGAUUUACGGCAAGUUUGAGGAGAAUGAAAUGCUUUUUCUUUUUUGGGGGAUGUGGCACAAAGGUUUGUUCUUGGGAUUGAGCAAACCUUGUGAGGUUUAUCCCCAACAUCACAAGUUUUGUGUGAUAGCCCAAUAUGAUCAAGGAGUCGAAAGGCCACCCUAUCUAGAUAAUUAGGAGAAACUAGAAAUUCUCAAAAUCAAAAUAUGAUACAAAUAAAGUCGAAAUUGUGAAAAUAAAGUCAUAAAUUAUGUGAAUACUGGUCAGGUGUCAUUUUACAAGCAAAGAAAAGCUCUUUUACUAAUCAUUACAACUUUACUGUCAUAGUACUACGACUAUCUUUGUAAUACCUCAACUGAAUUCUUGACUUUAUGGAACUUAACGAGUUUGUCGAAAGAUUACAACUUCAUUCAUGUAACAGUACAACUUUCCAACUCAUUUCUGGUAAUUCUACACGUUUUGCAAAGCCGGGUCAAGUGCUACGGUUUUAUCCUAAUUGGAACAUUUUAAGAAUGAUGGUUGACAAUCUGCAGAAGCAAUCGAACUUCCUCAUCAGUAUUCCAGUGUCUUCACUAAUCCCUCACUUAUGACUGGCAAGAUGAUGUGGUGUGUCCAUGUUACUUAUUUUAUAAAAAAAUAUCAUGUACUUGCGAAAGCAUUUUUUUGUUCUUGUUUUCUGUGCAAACUAUCAAAUGUGGCUGAGGCAAUCCUCUGAUUUCAGUUUUGUUUUGUUUUCUCAAUGGGGGGUUGCCCCCUCUUUGUGGCCUUUCAUAUUUGUUGUUACUGCACUUGUUCUUGUGUUCUUUUUUGACUGUUGGAGGAGCAGAAAGCAAAACUAUAUAUCUUUGUUUAAAAACAAAAAACGUACAAACCAAUUUCCCCUUAUCGUAAUCCCCCAAAACAUUUGGGGGAACAAAGUUUGAUGUUCUGACCCUUUAAAAGGACAACAAAAAGCUUUAAACAAGUGUGAGUAUUUUCUUUAGGGUUACAAAGUGAUGACUGACAAUCGUUGACUGUUGUUGUUUUUUUAAUGUAUGUCAUGUAUGUAUUUGUACCCCCCCAAGGAGCAUAUGUAAUGUAUAUUAAUCGUGAAUUUAUAUUUAUACAGAUAUACAUAUUUUUUGUAUCUUUCCCACCUCCCUACUUCACCUUCCUUUCUUACCCACUGUGCUAAUGUCCAAAAUUCUAUGCAGUAUUAUUAUGAUUACUAUCAAGGUGACUUUUUUUCUUUUCUACAUUUAUGUAUGAACUGAGAUUUUGUCAAGGCCGUUGCCUGUUUUGUUUGUGUCCAAUGUAAUGUAUAAAUUAAAUUAACCCAUGUGGA